AUGAUCGAUUCGAUGGUCUUUAACUCUGCGUUGUCAACAAGCUUGAUUUUCAAUGGGAGAGAGGCCAGCUUCUUGAGCUCUUCUGGUAGCACGCUCUUUUCAAAAGAGUAUUCGGAAAAUCCAGACAGAGCUUGGUUCACAACAGACGAGAACUUAGCUGGGUGCGCAGUGGACAAGGAAAUUUUCCUUGAUGGUCUUCACGGUCUCUUCGUUGCUCACUCUGGCAGAGUCCAAAACGCUUUGCGAAAGCUUCAAAGUCUCUGGAGUGACCUCGAAGAUGCCCUUGGAGGACAGGUCCUUCAUGUAUUCGGCCAAAAUAGCACCAGUUUUCAGAUCGUCGUUACCACCGUUGGUUCUCUUGAUCAUGUACCACAGGAAUCUCUCAAAGUUGGAGGAAACACAGAUGUCCAUAGCUGGAGAGUAGGUCUCCUUAACCUCGACCUUAUCGUAUUUUCCGGAGUGCAAGAAUCUGUCGAGGAUGUCGUUUUCGUUGGUUGCAACCACCAACUCCUCGAUAGGAAGUCCCAUCUCUUUAGCGUAGAAACCAGCAAGGAUGUCACCAAAGUUUCCGCUUGGCACCACAAACUUGACCUUGAAGUCGGCCUUUUCAGCUUCUGGGAUCUUGUUCAGCAGCUGGAAGUAGGCGUGGAAGUAGUAAGUCAUUUGUGCGAGGAUUCUAGCCCAGUUGAUCGAGUUGACUGCUCCGACGUGGUAUUUCUGGUUGAACUCGGCAUCUCCAAACACUUUCUUCACAACGUCCUGACAGUCGUCAAAGGUACCUUUCACAGAAAGAGUGUGGAUGUUAUCGUCCAAAACAGAGGCCAUUUGUUGUUCCUGCAAAGGAGAGAUUCUGCCUGUUGGGUAGAGGAUGAACACAGAAACGUCCUUUUUGUUUCUGAGGCCGUAAAUAGCAGCGGAUCCAGUGUCACCGGAAGUGGCUCCAACAACGGUGAUGAUGUCUCUAGACUCACCUGCCUUCUUGGCAGCAUUUUUUCUGGUCAAGAAGAACUCAAACAGAUUACCGACAAACUGCAGAGCAACGUCUUUGAAAGCGUAAGUUGGGCCGUGGAACAGCUCCAGCAAGUACAGGUUCUUCUGCGAGUCGAUCGCGACCAGUGGAGUGACCUCCUUAGCUCUGAAGGUGGAGUAGGACUUGGCGAUCAAGGUCUUGAGCUCGUCAUCGGAGAUCUCGGACUGCUUGAUGUAGAAUCUCAUGAUGUUGAAGGCCAAAGCCUCAAAUGA